CUCUAUAUCUCUCUCGUCCUUUCUCUCCCUUCUAGAAAGCCGAAACAAAACUUACUUAAAUAGCCCACAAGAUCCAGCGUGAUCUCUGCCUCUCUCCUUUUCUUUCUCACUCUAGCAUGCGUUUUUAUAUUCUCCAUCUCCUCUAUUUUUACAACGCAUUGUUAACUGCCAAGGAAAGCAAGGGAGAAGUAGACAAAAAAUAUAUAUAUCUCGUUCUUACAAGCAAACCGAUCAUCCUAAAUUCUUAACAUAGAAACCACAAAAACAUUUGAUUUCUCUCUCCCGGCCCAGAAUAUGGGAGAUUAUUCCAAUAUUGUUCUCCACCACGAUCGAGAACAAGAACACGGACACGAAGGAGAAGGAGAAGAAGAAGAAGAAGCACUCUCUCUUUGCGACUUCCCACUGGAAGGCAGGAACGAAGAAAGCCCAAAUAUAGCCUUCCACAGUGGUGCAAGAUCAUCAUCCGAGCCUGCUGAAUUCUUCGAGUUCUUUAGCGACCUAAGCUCAGAGAUGCGUUCAGCUGAAGAUAUCAUCUUUCGGGGUAAGCUCGUUCCCGUCAAAGAACCGUACUUCACCCCCCAAAACCAAUCUAAAGAAGACAAGCAACGCAUUUCUUUUCGUCGCCGAUGUGAAUCUUUAUCUGAGUUGCAAAGUUCUGUAUGUCGUUCAAGUAGUAGCAAGAACAAUAUUGGACUCAUGAGAAACAGUCGGUCCCUGGAUUAUCGCAAACUCGAAAGGUUUUCCAGCUCUAAGAAAUGUUCAUCGGAAUUGGAUAUUGAAAGAAGUAGCUCAUCAUUAAAGAGUAUCCAUGCAAAAAGUGAUGUAAAAAAGACCGGCUCAAAGCCCCGAUGGUAUCUGCUGAUGUUCGGCGUGGUCAAGCCCCCUACAGAGAUGAACCUUAGCGAUAUAAAAAGCCGGCAAGGUCGCCGGAAUUACUCGGUGUCCAUGUUCCCACCAGUUGAUACCGACGGAAAGAAGGCUCCGGUUAACCAGAGUUGUAUUAGCAAGGGCUCUUGCAGGCUGCUUAGAGUAUUAAGCUGCAAGGAUCCUGCCAGUGUUGCUGUAGCAACGUCUUUCCUGGUGCCCCGGGUAUAGAAUUGAAGCUGGCAGGUGCCAUGGCAGGUGAUGUCGGAUAUGUGCGGUGAGGGUAAUAUGGUCAUUGGAUUGAUAUGAUGCCCUGUGUUUCAGGGUAAUGUAAUUGUGACUUUACGUAGAGGGGAGUCGAUUUUCUGAUAGAGUAGAGUGAUGGAACAUCCAUGUUCAUGGCCCCUUCGUAAUUGAGCAUUUAAGGUUUGUGGGUUUGUUUUUAUUUAUUUUUAUUUUUAUUUUUUGUUAGGUGGCCGGGUAUACACAGAAGUGAAUGAUGAUCACGAGAGUCCUGCGAAUGGCAUAAUUAAAUUGUAAUACCGAUGUAAUUAAUUGUCUUUAUACCAUAUAUAUGAAUGAUAAUGUCACCUUUGGAA